AUGCGUCUAAUUAAUGUGGAAACGUUGAAGAUGAAGAACUUCUUCGGAACUCGCAUUCCUCCAUAUGCCAUUCUCUCCCACAGAUGGGGCGACGAUAAAGAAGAGGUAUCUUUCUCUGACAUGAUAAAAGGCUCAUCGAAAAAGGUUGGAAUGGCGAAAGUGUUAGGCUGUUGCAAACAGGCCAAGAAAGAUCGAAUCAAGUACAUCUGGAUCGACACAUGUUGCAUCAACAAGGACAGCUCAAAGGAGCUUGACGAAGCCAUAAAUUCCAUGUUUCAGUGGUAUCGCAAAGCUGAAGUUUGUUACACAUACAUGAACGACAUACCCAAAGGCGACAAAGUUCGGGAACCAGAGUCGAGAUUCUACUCAAGUACAUGGUUUCAGCGAGGUUGGACAUUGCAGGAACUUUUGGCUCCCGUUGAAUCACGUUUCUAUGACGAAGAUUGGAAUUUUAUCGGUACCAGAGCCGAACUGUCGAGUGAGAUUGAGAAAAUCACAGAUAUUCCUCUCAAGUUUCUACUCGGUUGGGUUGACUUUCGCCAGGCAAGCGUGGCACAGCGUAUGUCGUGGGCGGCGAAACGGGAAACAAAAAGAGAAGAAGACAUGGCGUACUGUCUUUUGGGGAUAUUCAACAUCUCAAUGCCGAUGAUCUAUGGUGAAGGUGAAAAGGCGUUUGAGCGUCUACAACUUAAGAUACUGGAACAGACAACAGACGACUCUAUCCUUGCUUGGGGAAUUCCCGAGACUGAUCUCAACGGACAAUCCACAAAAGUGUCCAAGGCAAUCUCGGCUGGAGUUUUUGCGUCCUCUCCCAAGGAUUUCUCUGGUUGUGGACGUAUAGUGCCAUAUACUCAGGACUCAAAACCCAGCAGUAUCAUUACAGUGUCGGGUGGCUAUGUUCACACCUCCUUGACGCUAUAUUACAACGAAAACAAGAUGCUCUACGCUGCUCUCAACUGCUGCUUCGAAGGAGAUGAUGCCCAAGUUAUUGCCAUUCCUUUGUAUACUGCAUCUUCUAUAAAUGGAUAUAUCAGACCACAAAAGCUGGGACCGAUCCUCGUCGAAAAACCACCAGUUGGGCAUCCGAGCCCGAACAUCCGAAUUAGAGUUGAUCGACAAGUCCGCCCCUCCCAAGCAACAGGGUGCAAUGUCUGGCUAUACGUUGUGGGUUAUCAGAAGCUCGAACUCAAGUUGGCAGAAACUUACCCGCCACUUGAGUGGGAGAGAAGUCGUGCUUUGCUCGAAAAAGGAGAUAGCAAAUCUCGCGUCAACACCCAGCUUCUUCGAUUCACGUCCGAUGCUGCAAAAAGCCAUGAUCUGAUAGUGGUCAUUGAACGGAACCCUGGCGACAGUGCAUCGACUAUGCGCAGCUUUAUUUUACAGGGACUUCGAGACCUGGAGUUAGCGGAUGUCGAGAAGAGCCUACCGUUUAUGGAUCCAAAGAGCCGUGAGGUGAACAAAGCUGACAAUGGGGUGAUUGAGGUCACAGUUGCUACGACCCAGGAAGCUAUCCCGCAAGGGGUAGUUUGUUUGGUCAGCCUCGGUCGCACGAAUAAAUCUCCAACUGUUAGCAACAAGCAUCCAGCAAUUGUGACGGCAAAGCUGAAAUACGACUUUAUGGAUUCCCUGAAGAAAGAGCAUCUCGCUAUGGAACCAGAACAUCCAGCUACUAAGAGUAUAGCCACAUUAAAGGACCGUCGGGAUUCUCUCGAGGAUAAGCUGAAACAGAUAGAAGAAGAGGAGAAGAAACUCGCUGAAAGAAAGAUCUCAGCGCAAAAGGAGGCUAAAAGCCUCAUGGACCGCAUUGUUGCCGAAGAAGCCAAGAUACAAGGGCGUGUGAAGUCAUAUGAAAAGCACAGGAAUAAGAGAUUGCAGGUUCAAAGCAUACUGGACGGUACAACCGGUUACUCGCUCGGUCAGUCGAAACCACGAUUUUUGUCAACGAAAGGAGAAGUGGCGGAGGGUCCAGGAAACUGGUUUGAGAAGAUCAUCGAAAGGCAAUUGAAAAGAGUGUCAGAAAAGUCAUAUUCGUGGCCCGUGGAAGCUGGCCAAAACACAAAAGACCUAUCACCUCUUCUAUGGGCUGUCGCGAACACAAAGGCUGAGAUCGUGGACCUACUUCUUGACAAGAAAUCAGACACCGAGGUCAAAGACAAACACGGUACCACAGCACUUUCGGCAGCUGCUUACCAUGGCAGAACGCGGAUAGUUGAGAUCCUGCUCAGACAUGGUGCCAAAUUGGAAACGAGAAAUGAGCGCCGUCUUACGCCACUAAUCUACGCAUCUUACGGUGGACGUCUAGAAGCAGUGAAACUACUGCUUGACAAGGGGGCCAAAAUCGAGGCUCGAGCCACUUCGAAGAGCACGGCUCUGGCUCUCGCUGCAUCACAAGGACAUCAAGAUGUAGUAAAACUGCUCCUGGAAAGAGGUGCCAAGAUCGAAUCCGAGGAUGAAGAUGAAAGUACACCGCUUGCAGAAGCAGUCUCUGGAGGCCAUGCAAAGACAGUGACGCGAUUGCUUAACAGCGGAGCGAAAAUUGAAACGCGAAACGUCAGGAAAGAAACACCAUUGGCUACAGCUGCAAAGAAGGGACAUGAGGAAAUUGUGAAAUUGUUGUUGGAGAAGGGUGCUAAUGUUGAAGCGCGAGAUGAGAAUCGAUGUACACCACUUGCAUUGGCGGCUAUGCUGGGAUCUAGGACUAUUGUGCGACGGCUUUUGGAUAAAGGUGCCAAUGUUGACUCGAGGGAUUGUUGGAAGACUACACCGAUGCAUCAUGCCGCUUUGCAUGGACACGAAACAGUUGCUAAGAUGUUGAUUGAUGCAGGCGCCAAAGGCUAG